GAUGAGUGCCCUCAAAAUAGUGCCUGUGUUGUAGAUCCAAGUAUUUGAACCAUUCACAGCACUGACUCCUGAUACCUUAGCUCACAGAAAGUCCUCUGUCACUGUCUGUGCUGUUACUGGAACCGACCACUAUGAUUAAUGCAGCCGUUAAAAGAGACUGGUAUAAAGCUGAACACACACUCAGCCCUCAGUUUUGUAAAACCGCCAGAACCUGCCUGCUGAAGAACAUGGGUCAGUGUGGUCCAAAAUCCUCCACCGAUGCUCAAGUGCUUUGUCUCGGAUCAACAGGCUCAAUGUGUGAGAACUUAACCAGGUCCUUCAAAACGACCCCUGUCAUCCGGGUCUUAGACAAUGGGAUGUGUCUCGCUUCACGCUUGAAGAGAUGCCUGGGUGCAUCCAAGGACCAAAGGACACAUCGGUCGACCAGGAAGAGCAAGAGAAGCAGCUGCAACUGUACAGCGCUUGUUUUCGUCGAGGACCUGGCUGGAGGAGUUUGGAUGACGCCGGAGGAAAACAGAGGAUGAACUUGAGAAGGAAAAACAGACCUUGAGGAUAUAUACGGUGGUGACAUGGUGGUUCAGUCUAGCAUGCCUGAAUGCCAGGAGAGGAAACUCAUGAAGGGCUGGAAUCGUGUGUUGCUAAAAGAUUGAUUUAUUAGGUGUGAGGAAGGAAGAACAGAAAGAAACCAAACCCGUGAGACGUCCAGUGCACCAAAGAUGGAGGACAACAACUGGACUGAUCUUAGCUGAAUUUCCCAAACGCAUCACAGCAGGCUUCGGUGUAAAGGAGUUCCGUGAUAGCCGUUUAACAUUUCUUGACUUCCCGUGGGAGUCAACAUCAUACUUUGACCUCCUGAAGCUGUGAAAUGAGAUAAGCGAGCACGGGCAUGGGUAAUAAAUCAACCAUUGAGGGAAAAAAAAUCAAACCAACUCUCUGUGCAAACACAUAGCAGCAGCCAGUUGAAGUUCCUGCACACCGAUAAUGGGCCUGAAGGGAUCGAAGCUCCCUGAUGCUCGCAUUCUCCUCCUGGGCCUUGACGGAGCCGGGAAAUCGACACUCCUCUUCAAACUGAAGUACGAUGAGUUCUUCGAGACGGUUCCGACGAUCGGCUUCAACGUCGAGAUGAUGGAAGCGAAGCAGAACAGGGCAAAGAUCACCUUGACCGUGUGGGAUGUUGGAGGACAGGAGAUGAUGAGGAUGUACUGGAAGAACUACUACCAAGACACCGCCGGGAUCCUGUUCGCCAUCGACUGUUGGGACAGGAAACGUCUGGACGAGGCCAGGCAAGAACUGGAGCGCAUGCUGAAGAACGAGCACCUCCGAGGACUUCCUGUUGUCAUUCUGGCUAACAAGCAGGAUAAGGAAGGAGCCCUGACGGCAACCGAACUCACGGAGAUUCUUCACCUAAAGAAAACGUGCAGUGACAGGGAUUGGUUCAUUCAGCCGUGUUCAGGAAAGACCGGCGCUGGACUUCUGGAAGGGUUCAAAAGGAUGGCGAAGCUGGUGAAAACCACCUCUGACAAGAACAUUAAAGAGACGGUGAAGUAUUUGAGCAAGUCAAUAAAGUAGCAACUGUUUAACCUGAAAUCUUCUGCUGGGGCAACCAAUACUUUUGAAGUACAAUUUCUGUCAGAAAUAUUGAAAUCUUGUUGUUGACCGUUUGAUUUGAUUUUUUUUUUAAUAUUGGUCUAAUUUGAGUUUAAAAUGGGUUAUGAGUGAAAAUUUCUGGAAUUUCACAACAUGAUUUAUUUUUUAAGCAAAUGAAUAAGUGUGAAGUUGAAUCAUGUGCAUGGUGUUGGUGAUCAAAGGCCACUUUCAGGUCAAAGGUUUACGACGAUAAGUAAUGGAGUCAUGUCUUUCAAUGCAUUCAUGGUUUAUUCCAAAAAAUUACUGUCAAGUUUCCCCUUUUUUAUGAAUCCUAAAUGGACAUAGCAUGUUAAACAACCUGAGUGUACUUAGUCUACCGGUAUAUACAGUGUGUCUGCUGAACAAAUUACGCAUUUCACCUGAUAGUGACAAAAAAAGCUUACCUUAAAAAAACAGCUACAAGAAAAUUAAGAUUUAAAAAAAUAUAUCUCAUGUUUACUUUAAGAUUACGAGUCCAAGCCAUUUUGCAUCCUGUAUGUUCAAU